CAUUUCGGAUUAAUCACGGAGAGACACGAGAAAACCGCAGCAUAUAAAUGACAGGCAGCGAGAGCCAAUGAUGUUUGCAGUCCUCAGGGGCCCCAGAGCUCACAGCGUUGAACUGAUUAAUAUGUAAACAAACCCAUUAGUCCACGCAUGUGCUUUUAAAUUGUGUGAUACUUGUGAGGAGUAGUGUUGCAGUGGCUACACACAAAGAAUGGGCGUGAGUUGUCCCUCGAAAGGGAGCCCAGAGACUCUUGCUUUUUUUGCACCAACGAGCUGAGCGCUCAGUUCACAGUCUGGGAGAGACGGAGAGCGUACCAGCGGGAUGGGUUGCACAGGAUUUACAACAGCAGUUGUCUGAAUACUCUCCCCAAAUCAACUAAGACGCGCAAGAGGGAGGGGAGUCUCAGCCGGAGAGAGUCUGAGUGCGUCUGUGUGUCAGAGGGUGUUUGAGAGAGUGAGGGAGCAUCACAGAUAGAGGAAGAGAAAGGAGAAGAGAGAAGGGACUAAGUCUGGACCAAGUGAUCGAGUACUAACAAACCUCCAAGGGGCUGCCGGGUUGUAUCUGUGUGUACGGGAUCAGCGAUCCAACCAUGGUGCCAGCGCGCUGCCCGGGACCCUGUGCCACCCUGGCACUGGCUCUCCUCUUGGGAUGCGGCGUGGUUCUCUGCCUCGGCCAGAACGACACGGAGCCCAUCGUGCUCGAAGGGAAGUGUCUCGUGGUGUGCGACUCGAACCCUUCUUCGGACGGAGCGGUGACCUCCUCACUUGGCAUUUCAGUCCGCUCCGCUGGGGCAAAGGUGGCUUUUUCCGCCGUACGUGGAACCAACCACGAGCCGUCAGAGAUGAGCAACACGUCUAUGACCAUCUAUUUUGACCAGGUUUUAGUGAACAUCGGCAACCAUUUCGAUCUCAAAGCAAGUGUUUUCCAAGCUCCAAGACGGGGGAUAUAUAGUUUCAGCUUUCACGUGGUGAAGGUCUACAACAGACAAACCAUACAGGUCAACCUGAUGCAGAAUGAUUAUCCGGUUAUAUCAGCGUUCGCCGGUGACCAGGAUGUUACGAGAGAGGCGGCCAGCAACGGAGUACUGCUGAUGGUUGAACGGGAGGACCGGGUCUAUUUGAAGCUGGAACGGGGCACUCUCAUGGGCGGAUGGAAAUACUCCACCUUCUCAGGCUUUCUAGUCUUUCCUCUAUAAUCUAAUCUGCGAUGAUACUCGUCGCAUGGGACUCUGCUUAGGUCGAGGAACGAAAAAAAAAAAGAAUAACCCAACAAAACAUGCCAUUUAUUUUUAACUUUAAUAACUGUCAGCCAAGGAAGCCGACGAAUAUCUGUAUACCUACACUCGUCCAGUAUCUAGUCAAAUAUGAACGUUUCCUUGGAGUUCCAUAUAUUCAAAUCCAUCAGUCAACUUUUACGCAAUCUGGAUGAUUGAACGCAUUGAUCGGCCACUGGCGUGUGCUCGUCGGUGGAUUUUUUUUUUUUCCUGGCUUGGGAGACAAACUUUGCCGACAGACAAACGGGUGUACUUGGGCAAAAAUGGACAAGGGAGGAGACGAGGAGUGGAGGAACUGGUGUCCUGGACAGGCCGACUGUGUUAUGCUCUAUUUUAUGUUUGUAUAGCCUUAAAGAAUAUAUGGUUUCCGUCCAAGUGAAGUAUAUGGAAUUAUGGACAACCAGAGAAGAAGUGCUUUCACGCCCAUGGCAUUUUUUUGCACGAAUGGAAGUUUUCUCUUUAUGUUUUGUGCUGUCAAUGGUGUUGCGUUUGGAUGCUGAACAUAUUGAAAAUAAGCCAAAUGUAGGCCGCCGAGGAGUUUAUUAAAAAGAGAAAAAAAAGGCGACAUAUUCCAGCCACCGGAGACGAUUUAGAGCCCUUUUAUUAAAAAAAAGAGAAAAAUACUAAUAAUUAUAUAAUUUAUAAAGUACAUAUUCACAUUAUUGUGUGUUCUACAUUUCGGAACCUGCGUAGCUUUGACUGAUUUAAUGUUCAGUGACGUUGCUCACCAAAUGUACAUUGUGGAAAUGAUAGAAGAAUCCCUAUAUGUCCCGCUUAAUAAAAGAUAUUGUAUUGUA